AUGGCCAACAUUACAGGCACGUCAUCACAAUUACCAAUUGGCAUCCUAACAUCUCUCCUAGCCUUCAACAUUAUCCUCUCCUUCACUGCAUCUCUGGGUAAUGUUCUGAUCCUGUUGACAAUUUAUAAAGUUUCCUCUCUGCAUCCUGUGACGAAGCUCCUGUUUGCAUCCUUGGCCACAACCGACCUUUGCGUGGGUCUCUUUUCGCAGCCUUUGUUCGUAGCAAGCAUAAUACUUAAGAUUGAUCUUGCCAACACCGACCUGGAUAUUUUGUACCACUUGAGGGAGGUUAUUUACAUCUCCAGUUAUGUGUUGUGCGGAGUGUCCCUGUUGAUAUCGGCAGCCAUCAGUGUUGACAGACUUCUUGUUUUGUUGUUGAGGCUGAGAUACAGAGAGGUUGUGACACAGAAGCGAGCUCAAGUUGUUAUACUUUUGUGCUGGGUAAUUGCUAUUUCAUGCGGAUUGGUUCGUGUGUGGAGUCCAACGGUUUCAAAGAUUGUUGUUUUUGUGGCUUGUUUUGUAUCUUUAGUUACUUCCGUGAUUUGCUACGCAAAGAUCCACCAGAGACUACAGAGGAAUCAGGCUACAAGAGAGGACAACUAUGGAUGUGAACAAUCAAACGAAGGAGAAGAAGUGGGUGGAGGAGAGGAAGGGACAGGAUUAACAACGGGGGAAGGAAGAGCCGCAGGAGAAGAAGCAGAAGCAACGACGAGGGCAGGUAGAGACACAGAAGAAGAAGCAGAAGCAACGACUGGGGCAGGUAGAGACACAGAAGAAGAAGCAGAAGCAACGACUGGGGCAGGUAGAGACACAGAAGAAGAAGCAGAAGCAACAACUGGGGCAGGUAGAGACACAGAAGAAGAAGCAGAAGCAACGACUGGGGCAGGUAGAGACUCAGAAGAAGAAGCAGGCGAAGAAGUAGAAGGCACAGGAAGAGCGACAGAUGAAGGAAGUGAAAGAGGAAGGAAAGCAAAAGUAUCCCCAAAGCGAAGAAUUCGAGAAAGAGUUCGACUGAAUAUCGUACAAUAUAAGAAAGUAGUUUCCAGUAUAUUCUGGUUGCAGUUGACUUUAGUGGCAUGCUAUGCCCCUUUCAUAAUUGUGUCAUUAUUGAGACAUACAGUGCUUAGUGGAACAACAAUUCAAGGUCUUUGGCUGUUUACGGCAACUUUAGUUUAUUCAAAUUCAUCUCUGAAUCCCUUUCUUUACUGCUGGAAGAUCAGAGAAGUGAGAAUGGCAGUAAAGAAUACAGCCAAGGCGUUUUGCUGUCGUUUGUAG